AUGUCAAGUCCUUUCGCACCUCCACCAACUCCCACCGACUCCCUCCUCGACAUCAACCCACGCAAGUCAUCUUUCUCGAGUGAGAUGGGAGCAGCAUAUGCCUUCCCCUCCUGGCCCAACCGUCCCUCCCUCUCAAGCAACGACUCCGCCGAUUCAUGUGCCAGCGCCUUCCUCUCUGACGACGACCUUCUAUGGAUGCCAGAGAACUCGGGCGCCGAGAAAGAAGUGGAGGAAGCCAUCAAUCAAGACACCGGUGUCUGCUCAGUAACCAUGGAACAGCAACUUCAGCGCAUGCGCAUUAUCGCCGAACAACAAGAUCGGGCCAAUUUCCUCGCCAAGGUCGAAGCCCAUGCCCGCGCAACCCAAGCCCUCCGUUCAGCAAAGCAGAGCGUUGUGACAGAGCGAGAGACAUUGAAGCGCAAGAAGCGCCGAGUCGUUCCCACUCCCAAACGGCGUGCUCACUCGGCAUCCAAGGUGCUCAGUCAAUAA